AUGUGGCGCGCAUGUCGUGCUGCCGCCGUUUGCCAUCUUCGAGCGGCUAGGAUGCCUGUCUAUCGUGCUCCUCUGCAAUGUCUUGAAGGUGUCAGAUUUUACUUCACCAGCAUCGCUGGCGUGGACCGCGAUGUGCUGUUUAAUUGUUCGGCGCGCGACUUGCGUGCUGAGAUUGGCAAUGCAAAGAUUGGAUUGGUAGCAAAAGCUCUAGAAGGUGAGCUUAAUGAUGCGAUUUCACGCGAGGAUGUGACUAGUGAAGAAAUAAUUGACGUGUUUAUGGCGGCACAAAAGACCCGGGCUACCCAUGUCAUGUUGACCGCCUUCGCUUUUUUGGAAGCCAGAUACCCGUCACACAUAAAUUUUGCAGUGUAUGGAGAGGUUUUUCGCAUCCUUCAACGCAGAAAUGAAUCCAAGCGCCUCAUCGAGAUUUACACGACGGCCAAACCACGCUUCAAAGCGGUACCUGAAAUGAUUUACCGCUUUGGAAUUGUUGGAUAUCUUCAGAUCGAUGAUAUGGACACUGCCGUCAAGAUUUGGCAGGAGAUGACCGAUGCUGGCCACGAAACAACCAAUGAAAUUACGUCGCGGCUUAUGCUGGCGUUUGCCAAAAAAGGUAACGUGGAAAAGGUGCAAGAGUUGUACGAUGCAGUCGAUCCGCAACUUGGUUACUGGCACGAGUCGUGUAUUGACCGUGUCAUUCUCAGCAUGGGCAUCAUUGAGAGACCCGAGAAGGCCUUUGAAUUCUACAGUAAUUCUAGUAUGAAGCUUAGUGGUGGCACGCUGAUCGCUCUGCUUAGCGUAUGCAGAGCGAACAAUUGCAAGCAGCAAGCUACGGAUAUUCUAGCCAAUCGCAAAAAGUUCGACUUGUACCUUGAUGCUCGUGGCUACAAUCGCAUCAUGACGACUUUGGAAUUCUUAGAGCGCAACGACGAAAUUAAGGAUGUUUUGAAGGAGAUGGUAGAUAAUAACGUGCGCUUCGAUACCAAGACGAACCAAAUAAUCAUGCGCAACGCUGAGUUUUUACAGGAUACAUCCUUUGCUGUUAAUCCCAAUAGGAGUAAAAUGGAAGACUCUACAUUGAGUCAGCGUAUUCGUGAGCUGUUUGCCCAGGGGAAUGAUAUCGACGCGGCGGCAUUGGUCGACUCCGCUGUCAAGCUCUUAGAGAAAUCAGAAGAUGAUCAGUCCGAAAUUCCAGAAGGUGCAAUGAUUGUACGUCCUUCCUUGGCAAAAGAUGCCGUACAGGCAUAUAUUCAAACGAACCAACAUGACAAAGUGGCAGCUUUGGUUAAGGGUUUUUCCGUCGUGCGUGGUAAAUAUGGGUAUGCGCUAGCGGGAGUGAUCACUCAUUAUGUAAAGCAGAAAAAUGAGACGAGAGAUGAUAUUAUCUAUGCUGCCAGCAAAGCUAUGCUUUUCCAAGAAGUCCCAAUUUACCGUGUCAAUGACACGCUAAAGCUGUUCCGUCGCUUUCGCGAUCCAAAUGCCGCUUUAGUACUGUUUGACCAAAUACUAGCGUCGUAUUCCAGCAAAAAUGCGAAAGAGGACGACGGUGUUGAAAAAUCUACCUACUUCCUUUAUUUCAACAUUGGCAAGGUCAUCAAUUUGGUUUUGCAAACGCUGGUUGAGAACGGCAAGGUGGUCGAUGCUUUGGAGAUUUUAAAUAAGAUAGCAAGUUGUAAUUUGCAGGCAACAGAAGCAAACUACAUCAUAAUACUCAGCUCUAUGCGUAAACACCUUCGAAGGUCUUACAGCCAUAAUAAGAGUCAAAGCGCAAUGUACGAUAUCAGCAAUGUUCAGACAGUGCUUGAAGACCUCAGAUACCGUGGCUUGAAGGUAAACAGAGCAAUUGUAGGCUACUUGUGUCCUGCAUACAUUGACGCAAACAAGCAGCAGCGUCUGGAAUUAUUGGAGGCCUUUGCUGAAGCUCAAAACGACCGGAACGAUAGCUAUAAGCUGCCUUGCAUUUGCUACGACUUACUUCUGAAGUUUAUGGCGCUAGAAGGCAACAUGACGGAAUUGCAGACUCUUUAUGGGGAAGCUGUCGUCUCUGUGAGCGAUGAGAAGGAUCGUGCCAUUCUACGUGGUUGGAUGACUAUUCUUGUUUCGAGGCUUGUGAGCGAAGGCAACAUUAUUGAAGCCGAACAACUCAUAUUACAGAUGCCUGAAAAGUGCGGUGGACAUACGUACAAAGCGGUAUUAUGUGUGCUACGUGGUGCUUUGAAAGCUCAAAACUCCGAUAUCAUUGACAGCAUGAUGGAGCUUAUAAAAAAGUGCAAUUUUAUCGUCAAGCUAUCGGAGGCUUACGAGCUGGUGCACCUGGCUCGAAAUAUGAAUAAUUCUCAAAGAGCAUUGGAAUUUAUCUCUCUCUUUGAAAAAGACAACCUAAAGGAGCUGACUCCAUCUGGCGAUGGAAAGGGGAAUUUGGAAGCAGUAUUCUAUCGGCGCCAGCGCCGCGACGCUCACGCGCUGCAAAAGGUCAAAACGAUGUACACGAUAGCUCUGAAGAUGUGCGAAAAAGACGGUCUGUGGAAGCAUGUGCUCGAGCUACGUGACCGAAUGACUAUGCUACUGGGUCAUGAGGCCAUCGACGAAAUAACCGAAAACUCAAAUGAGUUGUCGAGCAAGCGCAUGAGAAAGCCUUCUUUUUACAAAGAGUAG